UAUCCGCGCUAAACAGCUGUGAAUCAAAAACAAUGCAACAAAUAGAAAAAUGUAGUUUGAUAAGCGAACAAAUUUCCAAAUAUUUUGUGAAAUUUGAUACAUUUGCAGUUGAAAAAACUGGAAAAUAUCUAUUUUCCAAUUGGUGUUUAAAUUUCAAAGAAUUGUAUGGACUAUUCGCGAGCUAUUUGGAGUCAAAUGAUAGAGCCUGUCGAUAUGAUGUGCAUCUGGCCUGUUUCCACAAAUUGCUUCCUAUUUUCGAGGGAAUCCAUCAUUUGUAUUGCAGUGAGAAGUUAGAUUUAAACCACUUGCAAUUGGAAUGGCUAGGUAGCAACUGUAAAUAUUUGCUGAUUUCAUUACAAGUGGAGGAAACCGCCGCAACUCUAUCUGUAGAAAGAAUUCUUCUAAUGACCUCACUGUUGGAGAACGCGUUAGCAAAUUUGUAUUUUACCACAAGCAACAAAUGCACACCACCGCAUUUGUUGCGAGACCUGCUACGCACUGACGAGCUGUACAAUAUAUUCGGAUUGGAAAUAAUUUCCUUAUUGAAAAUUAUAAUGGGCACACCCGAUUCUAUAAAUUUAAGGAACAUUGUUUGGCAUGGCUUCCCAGAGCCUCAGGAAAUACCAGACUAUUACAACACAAUACUGGUGCUUUUAAUACACAGCCUGGGCUACGAGCUUAUGAAAACUAAAAUCUGUUUAACUCAACGUCCGAAAUCUAUAGACUUUCGGAAGCUUUGCGGAAAGGUAUCAAAUCAGCUUCUAUUGCCUUCAAAUUGGUUUAAUGAGAAUAGCUACGUUCAUCAAUUAAAAACUCAUGUAUGGCUCAAUGAACACUACAAAAUUUAUUGGUAUCGACUCUUGCAAUACUAUAAACAACAACAGUUUUGGAAAUUGGUGAUUUUGAUUUUACCACAAAUAGAAUUGCUAUUGCGCUUGAUAUAUGCACAAGUAAAUAAUUUUGAUGUUACUGCCAAGUUGAGCGAGUACUACAUUACAAUGGAUUCUAUAUUUGAAAGUGAUGUGCCCUGCAAGAGAACAAACAUUAAUAAUAACUUGCUAAAUGAGCGUGUAGUAAAUGAGGAGUUGCUGAAAUUUGUCUACGAUUUGUUUAUUGCGCCAAAUGGGCCACGCCUGCGCGAUAAAAUCAGCCACGGUGAAGUUGAUAUUACGGAAAUAGACAAUGUGGAAUUAUGCGAUAUUCUGUUGUACCUGUCAUUGGGCUUGCUAAGUUUUGAAUUGCCGUUUCAAGAAUACGAAAGUAUUUUUCACUUGAAUUGCCGAGCAAGGGAAGCUUUGUGUGGUGCAACCAAGCAAUUGGAGCAGCUCGUAAAAAAACAUUUGACGGAAGAAUCUGCAGAUAUUUUAAAAAACAUCAGCGAAUUGAAAACACCUCCUAGAAUCAAAAUAUUCCUGCGGCCCAAAAAAGAGUCGGAACUUGUGCUUUUGGUGCUGAGAAAUUCAAAUUUAGUUCAGGCAUCCUGCGUAAAUUAUGGACAUUCUAUUGAAACGAAGUUAGAGCUUUUGGCACAAAGAGAAUUGCAUUCAAAGAGGCGGCGUACUUUGGAACGAAUGUUAUCUACAUUGCCGAUGAUUUGCACUGUUUUAUGCGACAUUUUAAAUUGUUUAUUUCAAAUAUUUACAAAGCUGCAGGAUGACGACGAAAUCUACAAAUGUGAGGACUCGCUGGGAAAGCUGCUGAGGUUCUUAAAACAUACUUUAAAGUUGAAUGAGAAUUUGGUUAAAUAUUCUGACAAAAGCAACAACGAAUGGUUAAAAGCGGUGCAAUUAUGUGAAAAGUUUCAUGAAGUAAAAAUGCAACAUUAUUCAGAACAACACUUAUGACCGCGCAUUUCCCUGGAAUAUCCGAUGAGCACAGUUUUGCGUAGCUAGCUUUCUGAAAAUCAAAAUCAUUCCAACGAAACUCGAAACUGCCGAAAUUUGACUAGGAAAAUCAACCUAUGCAGAAACCGCCAAGUUCUUUAAUAAUGCACGGAGCUCUCGUCUUUAAUGCAGUCAAAUGAAAUGAUUUACACAUACAUACAUAUGUACAUAUAGCCAUACUUCUGCAACGACAGUUAUUACAGAUAUUCAUAACUCGCCAAGUGCAGAGACAAUAGAGGAGGAGGACAGGAAGUGCUAGACGUUUUAUUAUUACGUGCGGUAUUUUGUCGCAAAGACAAUACUUUCUCGGUGCUGAAAAGCACAACUUCUAUGUGUUAGCUCGAAGGCAAAUGACGACAGCAGCGGAAGCGCUGUAAAGCAAAGUCCUCUGCAGGGAAGUUAAAAUGUGCCCGCCAGUGCAGGAUUAGGUGAGUCAGUCGACUGGAAGAUAAAUGGCAACUUAAAUGUGAACGCAAAGUGCCGACAAAACGGCAAAGUGGCGAUGCCGGCAUAAGAUCAAGGAAGCUGAAGGACGUAUAAACAACUUUCCACACAUACAUACAUAUGUAUGUACAUGCAUAUACACAUACAAGCUUCGAUGUAAAUGACGUGAAGCGUGCCUAAAUAAAAAUGUUAUGAUAUGCCUUGUGGCACACAAAAUCAACAAUGCUGCUCAACGAACGGUACUUGCGCUUUUCGGCAGUCAUACACACCAGCUCCGGCGCGUCGUGGGAGGUAAUAUUUUUGGCAGGGAAUUUAUUUUCUCUCGCGCGACAUUCUACGCGCAUUAGCUGCAAAUUGAUACAUCAACACAGCUGGUGGUGGGACAGUGGCAUUAACAGAGCCAAGAAUGCUAGCGGCAAAUAAGGAAACUCAAAUAAAUAAAACAAAUGCAAUUUCCGCGAUGGCAGGAAGUGGCUUAAGGCGUCGAAUUUGCAUGCGUAUGCGUAUACUCAGUUGACAGUUCAAAGCUCGAUAUUCAGAAGGCAACUAAGUUUGCCUCACAUACAUAUUUAUGUAUGCAUGUAUGUAUGUAUGUAUAUACUUGU